UUUAUUUCAAUAUAAUUUCAGUUGUAUUUAGAACUUGAACAAGAACAGACGUUGAAUUUAAAAAUCAAGUGCAAUCGUUUUCUAGAGUCAUACUCAUAUGAGUAUUGUAUUGUAAUUGUGUGUUAUUUUUUGUUUUUGUUUUAAUUAAUUCAAAUUUAUAUUUAAUUUUUUUUUAUUUACUUAAUUUAUGUGUAAAAAAUUUUAUUAAAAAAACAUAAAAAUAUGGAAAAAUUAAAAAAACAAACUAAUAAAAAAUUAACUGAACUCACUAAAGAAAUUACCGAAGAUGUACACGAAACUGUGGAACAUCUUAAGCAGACCAAUAAGAAAAUCAUUGAAGAAAUUUCCAAAAAUAUCAAAAAAAUAGAAUGGGCACCGGUUAAAGUACCUCCUCGACGCCGCAUACAAACUUUGGCGGCCGGUUUAUAUGUUUAUAUUUUCAUGGUUUUGCCCUUUGUUUCCAUGAUAUUAGCUUCCCUUAUACUGUUGUAUUUGAAUUAUAUGGGCCGGGCAUUUUUAUUAAUAUACUUGGCCUACAUCUAUUAUGAUCAUAAGAAAAACUGUUCUGCUGUUAGAGGCAAUGGCUGGAAACGUUUACGUAAUAACUUUUUCACAAAUCAUUUACGUGAUUAUUUUCCAGUAGAAUUGAUAAAAACUGUAGACUUGAAACCAGAUCGCAACUAUUUACUUGCCAGUUUUCCUCACGGUAUUAUCGGCACUGGUAUCUCCAUUAAUAUGGGCAACAAUAUUGGCAAAUGGUUGGAACUAUUUCCCGGUAUACGUCCAAAAAUUGCCACCCUCGACAUGCAUUUCUAUAUUCCCUUCAUGCGUGAACUCUUCCGUUUAUGGGGUUUAGUAUCAUGUUCUAAGGAAUCUCUAACAUACUAUCUAACCAGACCCAAUGAUCCCAAAAGUAAAGCCAAUAAAGAUGGUUUCACUUCUAAUGCUGUGGCUGUUUUAGUGGGAGGAGCACAAGAGUCAUUAGAUUCACAUCCCGGACGUUAUAUAUUGACAUUGAAAAAUCGCAAAGGAUUUGUGAAGAUUGCCAUUAGAACUGGAUCUCCAAUUGUACCCACCUUUUCAUUUGGUGAAGUAGAUAUUUUCGAUCAAGUGGCCAAUCCCCCAGAAUCGUUGCUCAGAAAGGUGCAAACAUUGGUUAAACGCAUAACAGGUGUUUCACCUUUGAUUGUAUUGGGUCGUGGUUUCUUUCAGUAUUCCUUUGGUUUUCUGCCACAAAGAAAACAUAUUGUACAAGUUGUGGGCGCUCCCAUUGAGGUCGAAAAAAUGCCAAAUCCUAGUCCCGAAUAUGUUGAUGAAAUUCAUCAAAAAGUUAUCGAUAGUCUGAAUGAAAUGUUUGAGAAAUACAAACAUAAAUAUAUUGAAAAUGCCGAUAAGGUUAAUUUAGUUAUUAAUUAAUUUAAUUUGAAAAUUUUGCACAUUUUGUAUAUAAAAUUUAAGUUAUUUAUUUUGUUUUAACACGAAUUGUUUUCCUAGUUUUUUAGUUUUUAUAAAAAACCACCUAAUAACUCAUAAGAUAGUAAUAAAUAUGUUUUUUUCAGUUU